AUGACACCAAUAUUCACGGUCCCCGAGCCAGACGUCCGACCGAGGCGCGGCCCCGGGAGCCUCCCUGCGGCAGCGCCUGAAGCGCGAGAGGACCCGACCGACGCGGCCGAGCGCAUCGGCCUUCGGGCGCCGAAGCAGCCGCACCGCCUGGGCGUCGCACAACCAGGGAGGAAAUCAGGAUCACUGCUAAUCCACAGAUUCGGAAGGCUUCCCAUGGUGUCCGCGAGCUCAGUCGUCUACACAGGCAUAGCUAUCGGCUCCUGCUUUCUCUACUCACUUCCGCUCCUGCUGGCUGCCAGGUUCCUGCUCGGCGUCAUGCAUCCAGCGUCCCUCCAGACGGGCUACAUCCUCGUGAUGGAGAUGGCGGAGCCCAGGUGGCGGUCCGCCCUGGGUGUGGGCAUGUUCUUGCCGUGGGCGCUGGGCACGAUGGCCUGGGGCGGUUUCGCGUACCUGGUGAGGGCCUGGCGCUGGCUGCAGCUGGCCGUGUCGCUGCCGUGCCUGCUGUUCCUGCCGGCGCUCCUCGUCCUGGACGAGUCGCCGCGCUGGCUGGCGGUGGCGGGGCGGCAGGAGAAGGCGCUCGGCAUCCUGAAGAAGGCGGCCGAGAGGAACCGGGUGGACCUUCCGUCCGACGAGAAGAUCCUUAGCAUUCUCAAGGACGAUCAGAGGAAGGAAGUCCAAGAAAAAGCUACUCAUGACAACUUUAAAGACAGAGUUAAAGAAUAUUUUGAGACAGCUGUUAUUCUUUUCAGAGAAACAAAGUAUGUAAGUGUCUCCAAUGUUCAUUGA